AGUGCACAUUUAUGAUUAACGUGCUAGAAAUGUUAUGAGCUCAGUGAACAACCAAGGUUCCGCCAUCAGUUGCUAGUUAGCAAACCUUGCCUUAUCCGGUAUCGUCAUAUUCAAACAUCGCUCAAUCAAUGUUGGGUUGUAUGACUCUGCCAAAAGGAGAUGGAUGACGAGCUGGAGAUCUUCAUCAGGGAGAGAAGGGCGAGGGUGGCUGAGGAUAAAGCCAGUUUGGAACAAGACCCUCCUUACAUGGAUUUAAAGGCAAAACCCCACCGAGCCUAUGGGUUCACUGUUAAGGAGAACAUCCCUCCCAAGUCUAAAACACAGGGGAAAGAGGACAGUUGUUGUGUGGGGCUCCCCCUCGGUGUGGAGUAUGAGAGGAAGAAACAGAGGCUGCAGCACGAGCUCCGGAUGGACUACAGGCGCUACAUGGCUCAGCAACAGGCAGGUGUUCUCUCCGAACAGCGCCCCCCCUCCCACAGGGACGCAGCCACCCUGACAGAGGACAGCAGGGAGCUGCUCCGGGCUCUGCGCCUCGCUGAGGGGAAGCCCCUCUGCUCCGAGGACGACGACGAGCGGGCCUCAGUCCCCCCCCGGCACUGUGACAGGUUGUGGGACUCUGAGGAGAAGGAGGAGGAGCUAAUGAUGGAAGGGAGGAGGCGCAGACAGACAGGGGCCGAGGCUACUCAUGAGAGGAGGAGAUUGAAUAAGACAGAUAACGGGGAGAAGAGGGAGAAUCCAGGCAGAAGUUCAAGGGUACUGACCAAAGAUGAAGACCCUCAAAUUGUCACCGGACUUAUAAUAGGAGCAGAUAAUACAGAAGAGGCCUUACGGAGGAGGAAGGAGCGCUACAGGCAGGAGCUGCAGGAGCAGAUCGCUGAACAGCACAUGAUCAAGAAGAGGGAGAAAGAUUUUGGGCUGAAAGUUGCUGCAACCGGGGCAAAUGAUCCUGAGAAACAGCCGGACAGGAUCAGACAGUUGGGGCUGGGCAGGAGGGGCUACCCAGGAGAGAGUGACGGCUCCCUCAGAGUGCUCUGUAACAAUGUGAGGGUGGGGGUCAGAGAGAGGGAGACGCCUCCUACCCCCGAGCUGCCCCACGUGGCCUUCCAGUCCCCCCGGCUGGAGUACAGCUCCACCCUCAGCCUGUCCCCUAACAGCCAGCCUGCCCCCCCCUCCUUCCCCAGAGCCUCGGACACCCCCAGAAUCCCUCUGUUUCCUCCUCAUCCUCCUUCAACUGAGGCGUUCAGGAGCCCGUACGGAGAGCCCCAUCACUACUACGGCUCCAGAAACCUGCUGGGGCCCAACAUGGCCGCCUACUACGGUCACUUGUCUGUUCCCGGUGCCGGUCUCCCCGUGUCCUACUGGAACCUCCCACCAGGGGGAGCUCUGCCUAGCCAGCUAGGUCACCACAGCCCUCACAGCCAGCACAGUGGGAGCUGCUGCCCUGAGCCCCCUACACAGCUGAGGAAUGAGUGUGCUGCUGGCUCACAGCUCAGAGUUUUCCCCUCAGACAGAUCCAGAUCCACCAGAGAGAGGAUUCUGAGCUACAGAGAAGAAUUGAAGAAACAGGAAGCGCCUAUGGAAGGGAACAGCGAGCUUUACAACCAGAUCCAGGAGCAGCAGGAGCAGAGGCGUGUGGAGAUCGAGGAGAGGGAGCGGUACGAGGCCAAGCUGGAGGCCGACAUAAAGAAGCACCAGCCCUGGGGCCGGGGGGGAGGAGGAGCCCCCCUCAGAGACUGCACAGGAAACCUCAUCGCUGACCUUAACCAGAUGCACAAACUGAACGAGGAGGCCUACAUGAACCCGGAGCAGUGGCAGAGGAGAGCCACGGCCCCCCGGGCAGAGCUGCCGGACCCCAGCGAGAGGGUCUCUGGUACUGUGGCAGAGCGCAGCAGCCAUGACAGCAGUGACAGGCUCUCUGGUUUCACCCCUGUCGCCACCCCUCAGUUUGCACGAGGCAGCGUGUUCUCCAACCAGCCCAGCCAGCAACAGCUCCACGAGCAGGACCAGUACAAAGCUUACCUCAAACAGCAGAUUGAUGAGAAGAUGCUGAAAAAGGCAGAGGAGAAGGAACAGAUGAGGCUGGAGGAGGAGAAAGAGGAGAAGAGGCUGGCGGAGCAGAGAGCUCGCAUCCAGAGGGAGUACGACGAAGAGCAAGAGAGGAAGAAAGGCAAGGAGAUGGAGCUAAAGGCGAAGAAUGAAGAGCUGACUCAGCUGGCUGAGCAGAGGAAGAAUGACACGGAGAUGAAGAAGAAGGAAGCGGAGGAGAAGGAGAGGGAGGCGGUGAGGAGGCAGUACGAGAGGGAGAGGCAGGCCCGGGUGGACGAGGUAUACAGGCAGCCCUCCCCUCCAAUCCCCGCCCUGCAGGGGAAACAUGGACGACAACAGUACACCCCCAGACCCCCCACUGUGGACAGCCAGCAGUCCUCUGCCCCCCUGUCUGAGCUCUCGUUCUCAGGCCUGCAGUCCCCUCCUGUCCCCGCCCGACGCAAUCAGCUCCGAGCCGCAGGUGACCAGUGGGAAGUGUACAGUGAGCUGUCAGCGCUGCGCCACCAGCUGCGCAAUGAGCAGAAGCGUCUGCAGCACGGAGAGUGGGAGGAGCCAGAGUCUCCUCUGAGUGACAGACAGCGGGAGCGCCCCCCGGUGGAUGUGUUUGAAAUGGCGAGGCUGCGGCUCCAGGCUCCGGUCCGAAGGCCCAACUCCAGAAACCCGGAGCCCAGAAACCUGCAGCGAAUCCACGACUCCCUUCUGCUCAAAUACACCGACGGAGAGUCCAGGCUAGGCUUCAGUGAGGUUCCUAAACUGGAGGAGGUAGGCGUGGCCAGCUGGAGGAGGCGGGGCUACAGGGAUCCAUAUCAGCAGAACAGCCAGACGUCUACAGCCCAGGAUGAUUAUUUUGACUUGUCCCCAUUACAUCAAAAUGAAUAUUUGAGGAGUGCUAUGGGGGGGUCUGCCCAAGGAUCACUGCUGGAGUCAGAGAGCGCUUUCAUCGACCGCCUAGGUGAAGCCUUCCCAGUCCCACACACCCCCGAGCUGGAAAAAUCCCCCCAGCUGUCGGCCAGGGAGAGGAGGAGGCUGGCCAAACAGCCACAGCGCACACGGGAUGGAGCUUCCAGCCAACAUGAAGCAUACUCCGCCCACUCAGGGGGAAGACUGCAGCAGGAAGUAGAGCCCCGGGGCGAUGGGAGGAGCUACAGGGCAGCUCAACUCAUGGCUCUUAGUCGUCGUGGCAACACAGCAGGUCCAGAGGAUUUAUCCGACGACGACUGCUCCCCUCCCGGGUUUUCUCUUCACAAUGGGAACCGUAGAGGCUCCGUAGACACGGUCUCCAUGGAUCCCUGGAUGCGGCCAGGAACAUCGGACACUCUGAACUGUUUGGACCAACCAUCCAGGAGGGAGCGCUUGGUGACGUAGCGUUUUGUCACCACCAGACGGGAGGUGCCUUAUUCUUCUGGCUUCUUAUGCCAACACGGCUGUCUUUAAAUCAUGAGAUCUGUGUGGUUUUCACUCAUUAGUGCUGUGCCCAUUCAAGAGAUGCCUUAAAGAGAACAGGCUUAAUGCUGGGCCAUCGUUUAUCCAGCAGCGACAGUGACCUGCAGGACAACAUGCAUGACUCUCUCUCUCAGGUCCCCAGCACUACACCUGUACACACAAGAGUGCAGGGGAUCAGAUGAUUGGUCCUUAAGGUAAGCGACGGAUAGACAGAAAUUCAUCAUUGUCAGAUAAGAUGGCUUUCUGAUGGAUGGACAUAUGAAUAUCAAUAUGAACAUCUGAAAAAUGAAACCCAUGGGUAUGUACUGUGUUGAAUAAUUGUUUACGUCUGAGACAUCGGAUAUCUGAUGUCUAUUUUAUAAAUGAUUAAAUUAUGUCUUAAAUAAAUUAUUUUUAAAUAUA